GAUGUCCAGUCUUCUGAUAUCGACGUCAACUUGUGAACUCUGCAUUUUUCGAGCCAAUUUACUUCUGCGCUGCUAUAUGAGCUUCUUGUUCUCUUUCGUCCCACAAUCCUCUCCGUUAACCUUUACCCUUUAAGUAAACAAACUUCACCAGGUGCAACCAAGCCGAGAAAACCAAACUGUCAAGCCGUUACCUUGCUUCAGCUCAGAAACAAGGAAGAUCGGAAAGCUGUCUUCGCUGCAGACCCUGCUAAGGAGUGGGGAUACUAAAAGACAAGCGAAACUCUUCUCGGAAUCCCUUGGCCAGUGUACUGCGCCUUGUGAGGUACCGUACUGUAUUUGCCGAAGCAACAGGUGUCAAAACGCUACGUACGCUGCAACUCGGAAGCAAAAAGAUAGGAGACCUUCUUGGCUUACGUCGCAACUCAGCAACCCUUUCCGGGUGUCUUAUCAGCUAAUGCUGACAUAAGAGAUCUGGAGCAUCUACGUACAUCGCUCUUCAACGCUAAAAGAGCAGUCUGACGUCUAUGAACCUUUUGUUUCUAGUCUUGCAUGACGAAAAGUAGACCAAGAUGGCGUCCAAGACAGCCGCCAAGAAGGGGACAAAAAAUUCAGGGAGCCCGUCUGCAGAGAGGGCUUCAGAGGCGCGAACUAACGGAGCAUUCCUGAAGAACAGAGUAAAGGAGUUAGAAGAAGAGGUCGCUACACUAAAGAAGAGGCUAGACGAACUGAGGAAGGCCAAGAACACAACUAUACUGAAAAGAGAGCGUGAGGUCCUCAGUGUCGCAGACCCUUUUAGUGCAAGACCCGCGAAGACAGUUGACGACGGCAAGCUUGCAGAGCUUCAGCAGAAGUUAGAUAACAGCGCUGCAGAAAGAAACAAGGAAGUCUCCGAGCUUAACAGACAGCUAGACAAACUCAGACUGGACCACCAAGCCGAAAUGGACCGGCUACGGAAAGAAAUUCAGGGACAACAGGCACCUUCUUGUGAUCACGAAAAAGAGCUAGAGACACUUAGGAAGAAGCUAAGGGAAGAAGAAACACUCAACAGGGAACUGAACGAUCAGAAUAUGGAGCUGAGGUCACGGCUACUGAUAACGGAAGAGAAGAUAGAGGCGCUGUACGAGGAACUCAGCGUGAAGGAGGCUCACUGGUGCGAGAUGGAGGAACAGUAUCAACUGAAGUUAAAAACACAGUUCAGCGAAAAGUACCAGGAGUGGAUGGAGGCGACAGAAAAGAAGAUUGAAGAACUCCAGAGGGCGAACGACUUAUUGAGAAGUUACGUCCGGCGGCCGGGGAGGGGCUCGUCACAGGGCGGGGCCGAGGGCAGCCAGGACGACAGCUGACCGAUGGAUGGAUUGUACCUUCAACCUUCACCUUUAGACUAAAGACUAAAACAUUUUCCUGAACCUAGAUGGCUGAACGUCGAGUCUUGUACAUUUGAAGUAGUGACACCUUCGUCAUAUGAAUUAAAGAAUUAAAUCAUUUCAUCUUUUUUUUUAUUUUCUCUUUUCACUUCUAUGACAACUGGUAUCAGUGGUAGAAGGUUUUUCAUUAAAAAAAAGAAACACCAGAGUUUUACGUUUACCGACGUUGCCUGGUGGUCUGGAUUUGUAACCCAAAUACUAGUACUUGUGAAAAACGGUUUUGUGAAGAAGAUAGGUCCUUACCUCGUCUCGUCGUACCCUCUGUUGUGACAUCAGCCGUUGGUUGUUAAAACUCUAGCUUCAUUGUUGUUUACUGACUUUAAAAGUUAUUUUUACCACGGCUGUCUCGGUUUUUAACAGAGAAAAACAAAUAUUUGUUAUGAAACCCUGCACACAAUGGCAUGUCAUGGACGACAUACUAUCUCUUUAGUUACAUGUAUCAGCUGUCUUGAUUGGACAAACAUCAUGUGGUCACCCCUGACCCUUUCUCCUCGCCAUUUCUUUGUUGCCGGGAGACGUGCACGUUGUUAUUUCGGCCCAGAAUGAUCGAAUUCUUUCUGCUGUACUUACUAUGCAUCUAUCAUGGUUACUGUACAUUCUGUCAGAACCAGGCCUAACAACUGUAUCAUAUAAAACAACACUGGAAAUACACGUACAUGACAAGACCAGCACGAGACAGAGAGAGCUAGAGUGCGUCAUAUUGUAGUAUGCGUUGUAAACAAAUAGAUGUUACUAGGUGUUGCCCUUCGAUAU